AAGUUUUUUGUACCAGGAUCUGUAAUGUCACCGCUUGGAAAAAAACUGACAGACAUUUAUUCAUGAAAUUUGUUAUCAUGUUAUCCUCAAAUUUCUUGGGAUGUAGCUGAUUCCAUUACCUCAGAAACAAUGGAAGCGAGUACAAGUGGACAAGGAACUUCUAACAUCCAUUUGGAUUUAAAAUGCAAGGUCUGCGAGAGGGAGUUUUCGGCCGAUGUGCAGCCGCGAAUGUUGCCUUGCCUUCACACUGUUUGCGCCCAGUGCCUGGCGAACGUGACGAACAACACCGCGCUGGCCAGCGGGCAGCAGGGAAUCCUGGCCGGAUCUGGAGUUGUUAUAGCCAAAUGCCCCAUUUGCAAAGAUGACAUCCGUAGUUUAGACGAUAUCGUUGAAGACACGUGGACGGUUCCUAUGGCCACAGCUCAUAGCAUGUCUGGAGGGGAGAUGCUUUGCCAUAACUGUGAUGCCAAUGCGCCGGCUACCAACUUCUGUGUAGAUUGUCCAGGAGGGCUCUGUGAUCCCUGCGUUCUGCUUCAUGGGAAGGUACGAUUCCUGAGAGACCACGUCAUCCAACCAAGGUCCGAAGAGAACACGGUCAGCCACAUCGUCCAGCCACCUUUCUGUACCAUUCACCCCAAGGAAAGACUUCAACUUUACUGUGAGAAGUGCGUUAGACUGACGUGUCGGGAUUGCCAGCUGGUGUCCCACAAGGAUCAUUCGUACCAAUUCUUAACGGAAGCAGCGGCCAGUCAGCGCUUGACCAUGAGACGCUUCAUCCAGGAACUGCAGGAGAAGCGGAAGAAUGCCAAGGUGAUGAAGAAUAAUAUUCAGAUCAUCUACAAAAAGAUGAAAGACCAGGAAUCCAUCAUUCUCGGCAGGAUUGAUGAACUUUUUAACGGAAUAAGAAGCGCAAUUGAUGGCCAAGCAACUGCUCUGAAGACUAAGAUCCAGAGCAGUACCGAAAACAAGUGCCGUACCCUGAAACAACAGCUGAUUGAAGUUGGUACAGUAGAUUCGGCUCUGAGUCAGUGCUACCGUGUCAUCCACAAUAUCAUGACCAGUGAGAACGAUGUGGCAGCCCUGCAGCAGAAUCGGCUGGUCAAGCGACGAGUGGACCUGGUGCUGAGGACACUUCUGACACGGCAACCCGUGACGGAACUGGCCCUCCAGUUCAAGCAAACGAACGUUCCGACGCGGGACGCCUUUAAGUCCAUCGGCUCUAUUGAAGGCAUGGAGAGCAAGGUCCUCUUCGGUCCGCCAGGUCAGCAACAGAUAAGACAGAACCAAGGGUUUCCUCAUAACAUGCAGCCGGGUUUGGCUUUAAACAGAGCUGCGCUGGUGCAACAGCAAGCGCAACUGCAAGCGCAACAGCAGGCGCAACAGCAGGCGCAACAGCAGGCACAACAGCAGGCACACAUGCAACAACGGCAAUUGCAACAGCAGCAAGGUAUCAAUCAUGCUCUCUUUAGCCAGAGAUCGAUAGGUGAACAACUUGCCCGCGUCAACCGGCCUACAGUUUGUGCCCCAACUAUCCACAUCCCACGCGGACUUCAAGCUCAGCAGCAGCAGCAGGUCAGACCGGCCAUGCAAACCAAUAUCUUGCCAGUGUUGACCAACCCACAAAACACAAUGGGGAUUAGACCUAGCACGUCCACUCAGCUCACCCAUGGGCUUCCCACUUCCAUGCAGCCCGUAGGUCCUCCGAACGUAACCGUCACCAGUGCUAUGACCUUCGGAGAUCUGACCACAGCUCAGAGGAAGCAGCUGAUGGCUCAAGUCAAGCAGAAUCAAGCGCUCAACGCAAGAUCACCCCCUUCGGUCAGUCCCAGCGCUGCCACGGCCGUACGCAACACCAACUCCGCUUCACCAUCCUCCAUGGGCGCCACGACCGUACGCAACACCAACUCUGCUUCCCCGUCCUCUAUGAUCGCGCCGGCUAACGACACUUCAGGUCCGAGGAUUCUCAGUGUCAAGAGCGAACGGAGACCUUCCAAGAGUGAUUCUGAGCGAUCAAGCUGCCGUUUUGAGAAUCAGAGCAGUGGCAGCACUAUGAUAGGGAAUGGUCUCCAGGACACUCAACCUUCCUCUUCAGGACUGGAGAUGCAGCAGGGAAGUGAUAAGACCAGUCCUGUCCAGUCAGAUGUUCAGAUGGGUGGAACGCCCGAAAGACCAGACCAGCAGAUGGGCAGGACCCCACCCCUCACGUCUUCGGCCACGAGUCCGGACGCUUUGGAAGACAUCCUCGGCAUUGACCUUCCCGUCCAGGUGAACGCUUCGGACAUCAUUGGGGACAUCAUGGAUGAGGUGGCACUAGAGACGAGAGACAGCGGAGAGUCCGCGGACAACUCAGAUCCUGCUCCUACGAGGGAGAGUACAUCGGAGGAAACAUCUGGAUCAGCAGCAGAGGCGUCGGGAGAUGGAGCUGGAUCUGUUGCAGAGGCAUCUGGAUCUGGAGCGGGAUCCGUUGCAGGGGCUUCUGGAUCUGGAGCGGGAUCCGUUGCAGAGGCAUCUGGAGAUGGAACAGAAUCUGUUGCAGAAGCAUCUGGAGAUGGAGCAGGGCCUUCUGGAUCUGGAGCGGGAUCCGUUUCAGAGGGAUCAGGGUCGGGAGCAAUUGCACCAGGAGAAGGCAGCUCCGGAGAUCCAGGAGUCGUAGAAGCUUCAGGGUCUGGAGCAGCCAGAGCAGUAGGUAGCGAGGAUGUUGAGAAACACGGCAAGGAAAAGCUGAGUCGUAUCCGAGUCUUUCUGAAUGAAAUGGAUGAUAGCAUGCAUGAGGCAACCAAGGAGAGUAUAGCAGCUUUCUGGAAAGGUGAUGUCAGCUGGGAAGAGCGUGAUGACCAAGGCAAGCCUAGGAGACAGGUGAUUGUGGGAAGUCUGUAUCGAAUGACGAGCAAGAAGUACAGUCGGGAGGGGUGGCCUAGCAAACUCCACAUCAAAAUGAUGCAUUCAGGAAUGCUCAAACCCUUGAUUGAUUUGAUGAGGGAUCAUCAACUCUUCUUUCUCAAAUGUGAUCAGGAAUGUAAAGAACUCUAUCGAAAACUGGUUGCUAUCUUCAAGAAUAAAGAUGUGUUUGGUGCCAUUCGACUGUACUCCAAGCCAGAGAUUAUCCUCUUACUCUUCUACUCUCACAAGCAUCAAAAGUUCUUCAUCGUCUGCCCCCAACAGAGGGAGCAAUUCUCUAUUGGCUUCGUCAAAACCAUGGAAAAGUAUUUCAAGGUGCAGCGCAAAGGAGCGAGUGACAAACCAAACCCAGAAUCUUCCACGGUCAGUACGGCAGACGGGGACCCCGGCACCAGCGAAACAGCACCCACUUCAGGUGAGAAGCGACCAAUCGACGAGGACGUUCCAAGUACGAGUCAGGCCGGGACGAGCAGGAAUGGCGAGGAGAGCAUAGAGCCCAUACCAACGUGGAAGCAGGGUUAUAAGCUUCGUAACGGCAUGCAGUGCUCGCGGUCGGACGACCCCAACGACGAUUGGUGCGCCGUCUGUAACAACGGUGGUAACCUGGUGUGCUGUGAUAGGUGUCCGCGCGUCUACCAUCAUGAAUGCCAUGUCCCGCUGAUUAGCGAGGUCCCAGAGGAUGAUGACUUUGAUUGUACCUUAUGCUUUGACGUGGUAGCUGAUGAGGAAGAAAACGUCAACAAUGAAAACGCUGAAAAAUUAGAAGGCUUCACCGCUAGAGAGUUCAAGCUAUGUCAGAGGUUACUUCUUGAGAUGUAUUGCCUGGAGGAUUCGCAACCCUUCUUAGAACCUGUGGGUCCAGAGGUGACGGGCUACCUUGAAAUCAUCCCAAUCCCUAUGGAUCUAUCUACCAUCAAGAGCAAACUGAGCCUGACCUCACCAAAUAAGUACUUCUCACCCAGACAGAUGGUCGAGGACCUACGGGUCAUGUUCACCAACUGCUACCAGUAUAAUGGGGAGACAUCGGACUUGGGUAAGAUAGCCCAGCAUCUACAGCGCUACGCUUCCCGCUUCAUGAAGCGCUACCUCCCAGAGUACAUGGACUCCAACUUUGUCUCGUCCGCCAACCAGAGACACGAAGAUCGGCCGAACAAGCGAAGGAAACAAGAGCACCCAACACCAGUAUUUCACAUCAGAUAAGAUACCUCCAUAAGAUGUGGUCAUGUGAUGCUAGUGAACCUUGACCUCCGAUGACAGAUUUUUCGUAGGAACUAUUCGUAGGUGAUAAUCCUUUAUCUGCAAACAUUGAGAGGAUAUCGGCUAACCUGUUGUGAUGAAGUAAACAGCAUCCCAUCAUGCUUUACCCUUGGAAUGUAAUAGAGUGAUUCUGUUUCCAUGGUUUCUAGGAUAAGGGUAGGACUUGACCGCCAUAGCUGCUGGUCAUCCAAGAGCUUAAGAAGAGAGGGUUAUGUCUUAUGUAAUCAGACAGGUGGAUGGCUGUCUCUGAAGCAAGGCUGGAAUAUUUAGACUAAUGUUUAGCAUAGUUGAUGGCCCCCAUGUGAUAGCUGCUGACAGUGAGGGCACACUUCCAUGUUCAGCUCUCUAAAAUGGUGUACAGCUUCUGCCGACAGUAUGAAGAUACUUGAGUGAAAUUGAAGAGGAGCCAUUUUACAUACUGCCUUCCAGUGUAUAAAGCAUUGGUCGUGUUGUAGUUUGUGAAUGUUUUGGUCUUGUACAGCCAGUAGAAGGAUCAAAACUAGACGCCCAACGGUAAUCUCCACAUGAGGAAUUACAUGAAUUACAUGGAGUAUUGAGCGCGGCAAUGUAGACAAGACAAACUAGGUUAUGUUGACAGUAUUAUGAUACCUUAACAAAUAUAGCAUUGCUCAUCAUGUAGUUUGUGAAUGUACGUUUGGUUUGCGGCAGUCUGUAAGAAAAUGGUCAACAACCCGAAGUGUAAUUUGUAGUGGUGGUUAUUUUACCUGACUGCUAAGAAAUCAUAAAUGCUAGUUAGUAAGCAACCCGAGGUUCCGACGGCUUUAGGUCCUUUCCGAGAGACCUGGUAAUGAGGAUUAAUGCCUUACCAAAGGGCACUAGUGCAUCGCCUUGGUUUUGAACCCGGGUCACCAGAUUAUGAGACCACUGCUCUACCAACUGAGCUGUCGAGCUUCCUCAGACGGCAAUCUUCAGUUCCUGUAUGUAAGGAGUUGCCGUACGAGGAUGGCGUAUUGAGCACGGCAAUCAAUCUAGAUGGGCAAAGGAGCAAAAAAGACUGUAACCAUGCAGGCAGAAGAAUGGUGAAGGACCACUUCUUGGCUAGAGGCAGAGAACCUG